UACACAUCUAAAUCCGGGAAAAAUAUGCCUGCAAGGCGGGGUUAUGAAUGUGACUGCAAAAAUAGAUGUACCUACAAGUAAAAUCUCAGUCGAAGAAAAAACAAACAUUCUUGAUAAAUUUAACAACUUGGCUGAUAAAAAUGUGCAAGAUUCCUAUCUUUUUGGAUUAAUAACAGUGAGGCCUGUUGCAAGAAGGCGACGAGAUAUUAUGAAAAAGCGACUUUAUGGAAAGGGCCAUCCGAUUGAAGAUAUUUUAACUGAUGCUGAGUUAAUUUAAACAUCAAAACGAAACUCAUCCUUUCAUUAUAAGAUCAUAUUGGCAGCUGGACGAGAACUAAUGGUUUGCAAAAAAGCUUUAGCGGGGCUUUAUGGUAUAAAGUUUGGUAGGAUUGAUCGAAUUGGGCAAGCUAAAAAAAGUAACUCGGCUCCUCCGACCGACAAAAGGGGUUUAUCUGAACGAUCCAGGGUACUUAAAAAACCAGAAGCUCUAAUCCGACAAAUUG